UGGACCUUUUAAGGGUUGUGGAGAGAGGGAGGGAAAAAGACAGAAGUAAAAAGGAUGGAGGGUGUAGGGGCUUUGGGUGUGUCGUCGUCGGCAUCUAUUGUUUGUAAGAGAAGUUGCAGCUUAUCCUACGCUUCCAAGCCCAACAAGCUUAUCCAAUGCAACAAAACUCAGCUCUCUGCAUUCCCUUCACAGUCCCCUCUUUUCCUAAAAUUUCAACCAUGUCACUCACAACCCAAAACUAUUGCUCGCAAUUCCACCAAACCAGGCAUCUUCCUUCCCCCCUUGGUCGCUUCCCUGGAACAAGUUGAGGAGACGUACGUUAUGGUGAAACCGGAUGGUGUUCAACGCGGUCUUGUUGGAGAAAUUAUUUCAAGGUUUGAGAGGAAGGGAUUCAAACUGACUGGCUUGAAGCUCUUUCAAUGCCCUCAAGAAUUGGCUGAGGAACACUAUAAGGAUCUCAAGUCCAAGCCAUUCUUUCCUAAAUUGAUUGAAUACAUUACUUCAGGCCCGGUUGUAUGUAUGGCUUGGGAGGGUGUUGGUGUUGUGGCAUCAGCACGUAAACUUAUAGGCUCAACAAAUCCUCUUCAAGCCGAGCCAGGAACAAUAAGAGGGGAUCUUGCUGUUCAAACAGGAAGGAAUGUGGUCCAUGGAAGUGACAGCCCUGAAAAUGGCAAGCGUGAGAUUGCAUUAUGGUUUAAGGAGGGUGAAAUAUGCCAGUGGACACCAGCUCAAGCACCAUGGUUAAGGGAGUGAAGAGCGAUCUUUCACCAAAAGAUUAUAGUUAGAUACACCCAUUGGAACGGCUGUCUUCUGAGUACCCAACUGUUUUAACUGAUAUUUAUUCAACAGUUCAAUAAAAACUUCGUUUAAGAACAAAAUUGGCAAUUUUUAAUUUAAACAUUCGGAGAUUUUGCCCUUCA